CCGAUGCCUACAUUGGCUCCUCGACCUACUGGACCCUCAGGUGCUGGCCUAUCGUGCUACGCAUGCUCAACUAUUCCUAAUGUGACUACAGACAGUACUGCAUCAUGUUCCAGUCCAAGCMAGCAAUCGUGUGCAAAUGAACUCAUCCCGGGACUAGAGCAAGAUCGCUGUGUUCGUGUUACAGUCAAAGCGAGUGAUGGCCAAUACGAACUACGCAACUGCAGUAAUGGCAUAGCUUGCAAUAAGGAAUUCAUAUGUGACAAACUGAUCAAGCCCGAGCUUGGCUCGUAUGAAAGCUGUGAUGUUUCGUGUUGUUUUGGAAAUCUUUGCAACAAAGUUUCCGACGUCCUUACAGCUAAUGCGCUUCUGGUUGUUUUCAUUGUAUUGAUGGGGCUACUUACAUUUUAARAUAGCGGUCUCGAAACGAUUACUUAGACAUGAUUAUUUCAUAUUCGUCAGCCGUUUUUGAAUAAAAAUAAGCUGAUUACC